CCUAUGUAGAUUAACCUUUCAAUUAGUUGUUAUCAGGUUCGCUCUUCCUACGCGUGCGUUCGUCUUCCGAAUCAAACAGGACCCCAUUGGAUUUAUCAGGCUACUUUACGCAUAUAUCAUCAGCUUCGCAAAUAAGCGUGUUUUAUUGCUUAUACGAGGAGCGUGGAGAGAGCGCGCGAGGAACUUAAAGGUGUAACACGAAAGGAUUUUUCAGCAAGUCCUCUGACUUUGGAUUUACAACCACAAGGGAUUUUUUUUUCUGACAAAAAGGAAAAGAAAUUAAUAUCCAGUCUGAUCUGUGAGGAGUUACAUCAGUCCCAUAUCCUGCUCGGCAUAAUAUACUAAUGGCUGGCUUUUGUUUGAGGAUGCGUAUUAUUUGCUCUUAAAAGAAAAGGAAUGUAUUCAUGGAUCACACCUUAAUGAAACAACUUAUUUCACCAUGGUGAAACUGGCCAAUCCCCUGUACACAGAGUGGAUUCUUGAGGCUAUUCAGAAGAUCAAAAGGCAGAAGCAGCGGCCUUCGGAGGAGCGGAUUUGCCAUGCCGUCUCAACCUCACAUGGACUAGACAAGGGCGUUGUACUCCAGCAGCUGGAGCUCUCUGUGAAGGAUGGAUCCAUCCUUAAGGUUACCAGCAAAGGGUGCGCUUCAUACAAAGACCCCGAUAACCCGGGAAGGAUUGGGCCUUUCAAGCUGGGAGGCUCUGGCCUGGUCUCGCUUGGAUCUGUGAUACCUGCUGGAGAUCUGCGUCAUGUGGAUUGGAAUAAAAUCCUUAGGAGGGCUAUCGAAGGUCUGGGCGUCCCGGCUGGCUCCUCUCUAAGGAACAUUGAGAGAUUUCUUAGAAGCCAUUGCGACCUGGUGAAUGUUGUGGCGAACCCCAGGUUUCAGCAGAGGCUGAGGCUAGCUACUAAGCGGGCGGUUAACAACGGGCGGCUGCUCAAGGAUGGGCCGCUCUACAGGAUGAACAGUGGUGGGCUGGGAGGCAAAGCUUGCUUCAGGAGCGUGGGGGUCUUUGGUGUCGACCUCCCACCUGUGACACUACUCUCUCAUGAGAGAGACCGGCCACGUGCUGAUCCCAUACCCAUAUGCAGCUUCUGUUUAGGCACAAAGGAGUCCAAUCGAGAAAAGAGGCCAGAGGAGCUGCUGUCCUGUGCUGAUUGUGGGAGUAGUGGCCAUCCAUCAUGCCUGAAGUUCUCCGCUGAUUUGACUGCAAAUGUCAAGGCCCUGCGAUGGCAAUGCAUCGAAUGCAAAACAUGCAGUUCCUGUCAGAUUCAGGGGAAGAAUGCUGACGAGAUGCUCUUCUGCGACUCCUGUGACAGGGGUUUCCAUAUGGAGUGUUGUGACCCACCGCUCUCCAGAAUGCCAAAAGGAAUGUGGAUCUGCCAAGUAUGCAGGCCAAAGGAGCAGGAGGGAAAACGGUUGCUACACAAGGCAGCGGCCCAGAUCAAAAGGCGAUAUGCAAAGCCAGGAAGGCCAAGAAAAAAUCUAGCACAUCCAACAGUGUACGAUAACUCAUUUCAUCUAUCUUGUUCAUUAUGCUUCAGGCUUAAGCGUGGCUGCUACAAUGCAAGCACCUUUAUACCCACCACAGACGGCAUGAGUCUCACUGACUCCCUCACAUCCACACCCACCCUCACUACGCUGCCCCCAAUCAACAAGAAAACCAAAGGUCUCAUUGACGGGCUUUCCAAAUUUUUCACGCCAUCGCCCUUGGGUCGCCGGUUGCGUGGUGAGGUGUCAGGCUCCUCGAAACAGCACAGGCCGAGGAAACGGGGCUAUCGGAAAUGCCAUGGCAGCGUGACGAUGCCAGGUGUGAGGUUAAACGCCCCGUCUAGCGUUCUCCUUACCCCGUCCCCUUCACAAGGACACAGCCCCAUCUCGCUGAACCCCACCCAGUCGUCCUCGCCCUCCUCCGCCCACUCCCCCCACAGCUCCUCCUCCCAGUCUACCUUUAAUGCCGAGAGAUGCUCAAGAAGAGAACCACAGGAAGGAAGGAUGACUUCACUCAAUGACCACGUGGCUGAAGAAGAUCUGAAAUUGUUCAGACGCAUCAAGGAGAUCACAGCAAAGAAAGCUGGUGGCGAUCAAGGACAAUCCCCUCCUUUGAUUGAGUUUGGAAAAUAUGAAAUACAAACUUGGUAUUCCUCACCAUACCCUCCAGAAUACUCCAGAUUACCGAAGCUUUAUCUCUGCGAGUUCUGCUUAAAGUACAUGAAAAGCCAAGACAUUCUGCAGAGGCAUUCAAAGAAAUGUGGGUGGUUUCACCCGCCAGCUAAUGAGAUCUACAGGAAGGAUAACCUCUCUGUGUUUGAGGUUGAUGGAAAUAUCAGCAAAAUUUUCUGCCAAAACCUUUGUUUGCUUGCAAAACUUUUUCUGGAUCACAAGACUUUGUAUUACGAUGUGGAGCCUUUUCUCUUCUACGUUCUAACACAGAACAAUGAGAAGGGUUGUCAUCUUGUUGGAUACUUCUCAAAGGAAAAGCUUUGCCAGCAGAAGUACAAUGUCUCCUGCAUAAUGAUAUUGCCUCAGUACCAAAGGCAAGGAUUUGGGAGGUUCCUCAUUGAUUUCAGUUACUUACUUUCCAGGCUAGAGGGCCAGGCUGGCUCCCCAGAGAAGCCUCUAUCUGAUCUGGGUCGUCUGUCCUACUUGGCUUAUUGGAAAAGUGUCAUACUGGAGUACCUGCACAACCACCCAGAUAAGAGUGUCAGCAUCAGGGGAAUGAGCCGAGCCACGAGCAUGUGUCCACAUGACAUCGCUACCACACUUCAGCAGCUCAACAUGAUUGAUUUCCAGGAUGGCAGGUUUGUAAUCAUUCGAAGGCAUCAGCUGAUUGAGGAGCAUAUGGAUAGACUGAGAAUGAAGCCACGGCUUCAUGAGGUUGAACCUGACUGCCUGAGCUGGACUCCAGUUUCAGUCUGCAGAAGCCCUCCAGGGGAGCUGAAGAGUGCUAUAGCACAGGCAGGAGACCGUCGUGCAGGCUGUAGUGCAUCGACCAGGAAUUUGGCAACGGGGAUGGGCUACACUAGCACAAGACCUCCACUAACCAAGUGCAAGAACUUCAGCAGAAGAUACUCAGACCCACUGUUUGCCAACAGCGCUGGGAAAGAGUUCGAAGUGAGCAAAGAAAGCAGCAGUGAUGACGAUGAUGAUGAUGACGACGAUGAUGAUGGUGAAGACAGUGCAAUCAAAUCCCAGUCUGGGCAGGGGCUCAAGCGAAAGCGGGCUCCAACUCUGCGACGGAAGAGAGGGCGAAGGAGAACACGAAUCAACAGCAGUGUCACGACCGAGACCAUCUCAGAGAGAACAGAGGUGCUAGAUGAGCCAUUCGAAAACUCUGAUGUAGAAAGCCCUCUGCCACAGCCCAGCAGGAGGGGUGGCAGCGAAGAUGAGGAAGAGGAGAAGAGCCAGAGAUUAGCCAUGCGUCGGCCUGGAAGACCAAGGAGAUAUGAAGAUGACAAUCACUCAAAUCAAUCUAAAAAAGAAGGGAAUGUGGAAGUGAAAAAGGACAAUCCUCGACCUCUAAAACGGAAGAAAGGCUGGCCCAAAGGUGUCAAACGAGGCCCUCCCAAAUGGAGACUAAAGGAGCGCAAAAUGGGCUUUAAGCUCAACCUCUACACACCUCCUGAGACGCCAAUGGUCACAGUGGAGCAGGAGCAGGAAGAGGAGCAGGAUGCCAGCCCUGCCGCCUCCUCAGGACCAUGCGAGUCCAUUAGAGAGCCCAGACCAGAGGACCCAGAGCUGGACCCCUGCGAUUCAGAGCCCCACAGUCCCGAGCCACCCGAGUCUCACAAAGCAAAUGAGAAUGAGCCGACAGACAAAUCUGACACGGUAGAAAAUUCACCCUGUGCUGAUGAGACCAGUGAGACAAAAUCAGGUCCAAUAGAUGAUGCUGAAGAGUCAACUCAAAAUACAGAGGAAGUCAAAGACCUGAAGCCAGAGGGUGAAGCAGAAGGCAGGGUUUGUAAGGGCUCAGGUGAACGAGAUGAAGAAGAGGAUGAGGAAGAAGAGCCAGAACCAUCUCAUGUGGACGAUCAUGAUGCGGACGAUGAAGAUGACAGCCAUGAGCAGAGAAUAGACGACCCUGUGCAACUACCAGAAAAAGACCUUACGGAAGACCCAGAGCCAGUUCCAACUCCUAGUAAUAACAAUAAAAAUCCUGACAUUCAGCCGAGCCCUGUGGACCCACCGCCUCGUUGCUCAGAGGAGCUUGCGUUUGAAAGCACUCUCGUGAGCUUGGGCAUGCAACAGGGUGACACUGUGGACUCGGAUCACCCUCCAGACUCCGAAACCGAGGAAGAGGAUAACAGUCAGAGGCCUGAAGAAAAGCAUAUGGGCCCACUGACCCCGGCAAUAAAAGAGGACCAUAACAUUUGCCCUGAGCUUGACAUGGAGACGGCCCAAGCAGUGCAGUCUCUGACUCAAGAGUCUGAGCAGGAGAGGCACUUUCAAGAUUGCACGGAGACUCAGGAGGCCUGCCACAGCCUACAGCGGUAUGUUCACGUUGAGCAGAGCCCUCAGAUGACUCCCGUGGACGACUGCCAGCAGUCCGAUCACAGCAGUCCUCUGUCUUCUGUCCAUUCUCACCCGAGCCAAUCUGUACGAUCAGUCAACAGUCCAGUGGUGUCCAUUUUAGAAAGUGGCUACACGCAGAUCAGCCCCGGUCAGGGCACCGUCUCGGUGCACUCGCUUCAUAACAACAUGGAGACUAGCCCAAUAAUGGAUGUGCCCUCGGUGUCGGACCACUCUCAGCAGGUGGUGGACAGUGGCUUCAGUGACCUAGGUAGCAUCGAGAGCACCACGGAGAAUUACGAGAAUCCCAGCAGUUAUGACUCCACGCUGGGUAACAGCAUUUGUGGCACGGGAGCAGGAGCAGGCGCCUCCUCCCAGAGCAGCUGUUCCUAUGGCAACCUCUCCUCCGGUGGCAGUCACAGUCAGAGCAGCUGUGCUGUGUCCCAGCAGAUGGCUGGUCCUGUGGCGAACAAUACUGGCGCAUGCAGCAUGCUCCAGCAAACCAGCAUGAGCUCCCCUCAGGGAUGCAGUGUUAAGUCUCCGCAAGGCUGUGUGCCGGAGAGGCAGCCCAGCCAUCCGCACGGCCACGGGCAUAGCCACAGUCACCACCACAGCCAUCACCAGCACCAUCCGCACCAUCAACAUCACCAACACCCACAACACCAGUACCAGCAGCCUCUGUCGCACUGCUCCAUGCCGGCCAGCUUCCCUCCACCCAUGCAGCUGCCCGACAUCCCAGAGUCCAACAACCCAUCCGGCAACCUGGGCCUGUAUGACCGAAUGGGCCAGGGAGAGUAUGGAGGUGGACACUACGGUCAGCACUCAGCUACGUUCAGCCUGCAUAAGCUACAACAGCUCACCAAUACCAUCAUGGACCACUCCUUGCCCUUCAGCCAUUCUGCCUCGCACUCCAUCUCAUCCUAUGCAAACAACAACGGCUCGUUGUCCACGCAGCUCGGCCCUCACAAUCCCGCGCUGGUGUCGCUGUCGCAACCUGGUGGAGGCCCUCAGUCGCAGGCUACCGUGACUCCUCCGCCCAACAUGACUCCACCGCCCAUGAUGUUGCAGCGCAACAUGGCUACACCCAACAUGAACCUGGCCCAGUCUCAGAGACUGCAGACGCAAAUGGCCCCCAAGAAUCACCACCACCACCCCAUGUCCAUCCGCUCCAAAUCGGCCCCUCUGCCGCCCCACCACCAGCAGCAGAUGUACGGUAGGGGUCCUCAGACUGUGGCCAUGCAGGCUCCCGGGAGGACGCUGGCUAUGCCGCCGCGGAUGAACAUGGGGGUGAACCUCAUGCCCGCUCCGGCUUACAAUGUCAACUCGAUGAACGUGAACGUCAAUAUGGCGAUGAACACUUACAGAGUGACGCAGCCCAUGAUGAACGGGGGCUACCAUGGCAAUCCUACCUAUAUGAAUCAAUCUCCACAGUACUCUAUGCAGAUGGGCAUGGUGGGUACUCAGCCUUACCCACAGCAGCCCAUGCAGGCCCCUCCCCAUGGCAAUAUGAUGUACAGCCCAGCAGGUCAUCAUGGUUAUGUGAACACUGGCAUGUCCAAACAACCCUUAAACGGGCCUUACAUGAGACGAUAAUCAACGACCUGAAAGUGAAGGGUCGUGACGUUGCAAAGUUAGCUAGUUGACUUGAGGUAUUUAGUUUGUUCUUAUUUUCAUGGUUAAUGUUCGCUUUUAUGGAUCUUUCUGAAAGAACCAGCACUUGGUAAGAAUGCAAAAAAAAAAAAGUUUUGUUUAUUGGCUAAAUUUUAGCUUUUCUCCCCUGAUUAUGGGAAGCCUUACAGCGUAAGAUUUAAAAUGUAACAUUUGUGUAAGCGUAAAUCUCCCCCGAACUGCAUUGCAGUUGAAUGGAGGUUACAUAGUUGGAACCUGCAUUAUGGAACCUUUAAAUGUGCCUGCAUUGUAUGUUUUUUGGACAAAAGAGCCUUUUCAAUGUACCUUUAGCAAUCGCAAGGUUAUAUAUGUAAGUCUGUACUCAUGCCUUCAUAUUAUUUAAAUUAUUGUAAAUCUACUUUUAUAUUUUUUUAAAUGUAAGGUUAUACUUAGCAUGCUAUAUAACGUCUUUGUUAGUGACAGUGCAUCAAAGUAGUACUGUACAGUGUUGUGCUUAAUAGCAAGCAAUUUUAUAUUAAAUGUAUGGCCUUGGUUAGGUUUCCCUCGUACGGAAGGAAAAAUGUAACUCUAUUUUUGUUGAUUCUAAUACUGUAAAGAUUUGAAAACAUCGAAAAUCAUGUUCGGCUUGGAAGGUUCUAUUGCUAAUUGUGUAUAAUUUGUUACUUGAUAAGUUUCUUUACCUGAGGCAGCUUUCUGUUUUUAUACAAUUUAAAGCAAUUUCUGUCACAAUAGCAAAGAACAGUCAAUGUCAGUAUUUGUACUUGUAGAAAUCUAAAUCGAAGGGGAAACGAAACCAUUUCAAAUGGGGCAGAGUUGCAAAAUUAUUAUUAUGAGUGUCAAUUUACUCCAAAGUUGGUCUUUUAUGAAAUGCCUUUAAACUUACAUUUUCAUUCCAUCUGUAGAUUUUUUUUAUCUUUAUGAAACAUCUGAUUUAUAUUUUACUGAAAUGUAGAGCAGUAGCCUUGUUGAUAGACAAAACAGAUGGCAUGUAAAAAGGUAAAUUGUAUCGGUGUCUGUUUGUAUAGCUUAUUUUGUAGCCUUUGUACCUGUACAGAAUGGCAGUUUGACGUAAGAAGGAUAUCCUGACUGUACUAAUUAACAGAGCAACAGUCCUGUAUUUAUGAGUUACCUUUUUAGUCGGUCACUUAAAUGCUGUACAUUUUAGCAGAAAAUAAAUUAUGAUGAGCCACUGACAGACUUAAAAGUGUGUAUGGACUCUGUUUUCAUCUCAUGCUUAUCCAGACUCGUACUUUCUUUCUUGAAUGGAUCUAUUACAGCCAACAGAUUUUCGAACGCGUUAUGGUUGGAAACAAUCUUGUAGAGUGCAGGGACUACUGAAUAGACAAACGGAUGCUUUUGAGUGUAGAGGAUGGAUACAUUUAGCUGGAAAACACUAACAUGUAUCUAAUGCAACAGCACAGCGGCCUUGGCAAUAAAAAUGAACCUGACUACAAAUAUUAAGUAUAGUGUGCUCGAGCCAAAGGAAGUACCUUUAUU